AUGGAUAUGCCGGACGAGGUGCUGGCGCUGACGGCCUCGCUGGGCCUGAGCAGCUGCGACAUGGCCAACUUUGCUUUAGCCAGCAAGCGGUGCGCCGCGGUGUGCAAGGCGGCACCGCUGCGCCUCGCCGUGGCGGUGCAGCCCUCGGAAUCGCCCAGCGAGGAGCAGACGGCCGCGCGCGCCACGCUGCAGGCGCUGUGCGCGAGCUGCCCAGGCACCGCCGAGCUGGACCUGCGCGGCAGCCCGCUGGAGGAUCAGGAUGUGCAGGCCGCGCUGGCCAGCCUGCCGGGCCUAGAGCUGCUGCAGCUGUCGGGGUGCAAGAAGCUGUCGGCGGGGCUGCCUGCCGCGCUGGCGCAGGCGCCGCCGCACCCGCAGCUGCGCUCGCUCACCCUGCAGCGCUGCUUCCAGCUCACGGCGGCGGCCCUCACAGAUGUGAUGGCUGCGGCUGCCAGGCCGGGUUCCAGGCUGAGCAGCGCCGCGCUCAGCCACCUAUCGCUGGCGGGGUGGCCAGAGGAGAGCGGCGGCGCGGCGCUGCCGCGCAGCCGGCUGCGCAUGCUGGCGCUGCACAACUGCGGCAAGCUGAGCGGGGCGGCUUUGCAGGCGAUUGCGGCGUCCUGCCCCCAGCUGGAAGUGCUGAUGCUGGGCGGCGCCUCGUUUGUGGUGGAGGAGGAGACGGCGGCCGCCGCCGAGGGCGGCGAAGCUGGCAGGUUGCCCGCAGACCCUGCCCUGCCCUGCCCCUGCGGCGAGGCGGCGCACCUGUAUCAGCAGGCGCUGGAUGCGGUGCUAGAGGGCGCACCGGCCCUGGGCGGCGGCUUUGGCGGCUACGUGGCGGACGUGGCGGCGCAGCUGGCGGUGAUGUCCUGCCGCCUGCCCCACCUGCGCGUGCUGGAGCUGACGCAUGCGCCUCUGGGCCUGGUGCCCGCCCUGCAGCGCCUGGCCGCCACAGAGCCGCUGCUGCUGGCGGGCCGGCCGGAGCCGCUGCAGGUGUGGGAUCUCACCAGCGCCGCCUCGGUGGGCCGGGUACUGGAGUGGCGGCGCGAGGUGCGGCGCCGCCACCACGGCGCCGCCGCCGCCGGCUCCUCGGGCGCCAUCACCCCCGCCGACGCAGCCGCCUUCCUGUGCGCCGCCGUCAACUGCUCCUCCGCGGCGCGCCAGACCGCCCUGCACGCCGCCGUCGAGGAGGCCAGCCCCCGCCAGCUGCCGGCGCUUCUGGGGCUGGGCGCCGUGGUGGACGCCCGCGACCGCAGCGGCUCCACGCCCCUGUUUGUGGCCUGCGAGGCGGGGCACCUGCGCAGCGUGGAGUGCCUGCUGGGGGCGGGGGCCAGCGCCACGCUCAAAAACAGCGCGGGGGAAGCCCCCCUCCUCAUCGCGGCGCUCAAGGGGCACGAGCGGGUGGUGGACCUGCUGCUGCAGCACUGCCACGAACGCCGCAUCGGCUGGCGGGCCCACCGCGACGGCGACUCGUGGAACCCGCUGAUGGCGGCCGCGGUGGGCGGCAGGACCAGCAUCGCGUUGAAGCUGCUGCAGGCGGCGGGGCAGGAGGCCGCGGACCUAGUCCAGGCUCCCAACCGCUACGGGGCGACCAGUCUGCACAUUGCGGCACGCAAGGGCUCUGCCAGCCUGCUGCGCGCGCUGGUGGACGCUGGCGGUGCUGCCAGCCUGCUGCGUGCUGAUGCAAAUGGCAAGACGGCGGCAGACUAUGCGCGGAGCAUGCACAAUGGCUCUGCCAUGCGCGUGCUCAGCGACGCCAGCAACAUUGCUCGGCGCGAGCAGCAGCGCCAGCGGGCCACGGUGCCGACGGCGGAGCGCCCCAGGGCCCAUGAACACCACCAGCAGCAUCCGCAGCGCUGGGUCGGGCGCCGCUUGCAGCAGCGCAAGGGUGGGAGCGGGGGCCAAAGUGGCACCGGCCACUGA